AUGCCGAGUCAGGGGGCCACACAGGGCAUUAGAAAGGUAGUGGUUCACAGAACUUCAUCUGCCGCCAUGUUGUCUGUCCAGAUCGCAGCUAUCCUUGUUCUCCUGACUGUGCUGAUAGCAGCUGAUGACUUCAAGAACAAAGUGCUUCUCGUGUCCAUGGAUGGAUUCCGAUGGGAUUAUUUAAACAAUGCGUCCUCGACUCCCCAUUUCCACACGUUCGGAAAAGGGGGAGUACGGGCCACAUACAUGAACGCCAGCUUCACAACUCUCACCUUUCCUAAUCAUUACACCAUCAUUACAGGUCUGUGGGGGGAGAGUCAUGGAAUUGUUGGCAACCACAUGUACGAUCCCGUGUUCAAUGCCAGCUUCAGUUUUAGCACCACGGAGACUCGGUGGUGGGACGGAGGAGAACCACUGUGGGUCACGGCCAAGAAGCAGGGUUUGAAGGCGGGGACAUACUUUUGGCCUGGCAGCGAGGCUGAGAUUCAAGGUGUGCGACCUGACUACUGGUACCCCUAUACGAACGACACGCCUUAUAAGGAGCGAAUUGACACCGUCGUUGACUGGUUCAAGAACCAAAAUGUCCAACUUGCCACUCUGUAUUACCCAGAACCCGAUAAAACUGGACACAACUUUGGGCCAGAAUCACAAGAGGUCAGGGACAAGGUCAUGUACAUGGAUGAAAUCCUUGGUUACCUCGUGCAGAAGAUGAAGGAGAAUGAUCUGGAAAGUGAGGUCAACGUCAUCGUUACCAGUGACCAUGGAAUGGUUGAAGUGGAUAACAUCAAUAAAGUUGUGGAUAUUACCGAUUACGUUGACAUGACGAAGGUCGAUCGUAUCCCGAUUUACGGCCCCUUGAUGCAUAUUCUGCCGGUAGAGGGCCAGGACGACGCCAUUAUACAGAGUCUGGCUGGAGUGGAACACAUCACAGUGUACAAGAAGGAGGAUGUUCCAGAACGUCUCCAUUACCAGGACAACAGAAGGAUCAUGCCCAUUAUCAUCAUAGCGGAUGAGGGAUGGCAGUUAACCACUAACAAGACCAAAAAGGCCAAAAGUACUCUAAAAGCCACCCACGGUUACGACAACGCAUUGAUGUCAAUGAAGCCAAUAUUCCUGGCUAGGGGACCCAACUUCAAGGCCAACCUCACGUCAGAUCCAAUCCAGAAUGUCGACAUCUACCCUCUUGUUUGUAAACUGCUCAACAUUAAACCAGCGCCGAACAACGGAAGUCUGGCCCGUGUCAAUGCCUUUAUCCAAGAUACGCCUCCAGUUUCUGGGUCUCCAAUCAAUACACCUGUACUGCUUUUCGAGUGUAUAUUUGUAUUCACAAUCUUCCUUAUACUGUAGCUGAAUUUAACUCGAUCACACUUAACAGACAUAGGUCUCACUAGUAAUUUAAAAGUGAGUUUAGUUUUACGCCGUACUCUGCAAUAUUCCAGCUAUAUGGCAGUAAUAAUUAAAGAAGAUAAAUUCAAACGAUUGAAGAAUAAAAUUAUAUUCAAGUUUUUCGGAGAAAGACUUUCGAUUGGCCAAUAUUCAAUCCUUAUGAAACCGAAGUCUAUUUAAACGUUUCACGGUUACUAUAAAUCCACCUCACCCUGUUCCAAAUUUGUAAUUAACCUGGCGACGAGAGCAAACAAAUGCUCUUUCACUCUAUUGUUCCAAUCCUUGGUGUAACACCACCGACUAUAUAUUCCAAACUAUUUUAACCGAUUUUACUAUAUGAAUCCGAAGUAGGGGGUUUUAAAGAGUGUUCUACCACAGAAAAAAUUCACUUGCCUGCCUGUAGAAAGUUUCUGAAUGUUGGUUUGUCAACCCCAAAGGCUAUGGUUUAUGAUGAAUGUGGUAGGUUUCCAUUGUACAUAUCAUCUUAUUGUCGUUGUUUAAAAUUGGUGUAAAAUAAUUAAUAUGCCUGAACAUCAUUUACUAAUAAAAACCCUUCAAUUUG